AUGUCGUUUGUCGCCACUUCCAGUGACGCGCUCGACGGCGUUGCCACACCCAUGGCCCAAAACCAUUUAAGCCCUUCUCUCUCCUCCAGUCUCUCUCAACCCUCCCACCGCCCGCAUUACCCGCACAUUUUCCCGUCCGAUACCCGCGCAACCUCCCGCGUAGCCUCCUGCGCAACCUCCCGCGCGGCCAUCAUUGCCGCUCCUUCCCCUUCCUCCAUCGUUCAAGCUCAGCCCUGCGCCACUAUCUCCCGCGCGUGCCUUUCCGCGUCGUGUCCGCGGUUGCCGCUUGUGCCGCUGCACCAUGAGGGUGCCCACGUCAUCACGCCGCCACCGCACCGCGUCGCUCAGCAUCGUCGUCCGCGUCGCCUUAUUAUCCGUAACAGCUACCGCCCGUCCGUGUUUACGCCUGGGAUUCCGCACCAACCCUACCUCGCGCCCGCACAUUCCGGCCAUGAUAAACUAUCGAGCUGCUGGAGCCCUACCACGUAUCCGGACCCGCCGCCGCCCCCCGCACCCUGCUCGCGCGUGUACAGUCACGUGAACGUGCAGCGUCCUGCGGACUAUUGGGACUACGAGGCGCUCCGAGUGCCCUGGGGCGACCAGGCGGACUACGAGCUGGUGCGCAAGGUGGGACGCGGGAAGUACAGCGAGGUGUUUGAGGGGCGCAGCACCCGCCACGGCGCACGCUGCAUCGUCAAAGUGCUCAAGCCCGUGCGCCGGAAGAAGAUUCUGCGCGAGAUCAAGAUACUGCAGAACCUGAUGGGCGGGCGCAACAUCAUUCAGCUGCUGGACGUGGUGCAGGACGCGCAGUCGGGCACGCCGUCGCUGGUGUUUGAGUUUGUGAACAACCACGACUUCAAGCACCUCUACCCCGCGCUCUCCGACCUCGACAUCCGCUUCUACCUCUACGAGCUGCUGCAGGCGCUGGACUUUGCGCAUUCACAGGGCAUCAUGCACCGGGACGUGAAGCCGCACAACGUGAUGAUCGACCACCAGCGCCGCCAGCUGCGCCUCAUAGACUGGGGCCUAGCGGAGUUCUACCACCCGGGCAUGGCCUACAACGUGCGCGUCGCCUCUAGGUACUUCAAGGGGCCCGAGCUGCUGGUGAACAUAGAGGACUAUGACUACUCGCUGGACAUGUGGAGCCUGGGGUGCAUGGUCGCAGGCAUGAUCUUCCGCAGGGAGCCAUUCUUCUUUGGCGCGGACAACAACGACCAGCUCGUCAAGAUUGCUCAGGUCCUAGGCACAUCGGACCUGUACCAGUACCUCACGCGCUACUCCGUGCGCCUGGACUCGCAGCUGCAGUCCGCUGUGGGCAGGCAUCGUCGCAAGCCCUGGUCGCGCUUUGUCACUGCCGAGAACCAGCACCUCGUGUCGCCCGAGGCCAUUGACUUUCUUGACCGCCUGCUGCGCUACGACCACCAGGAGAGGCUCACAGCCAAGCAAGCCAUGGACCACCCCUACUUCGACCCUCUAAGGAACCCUGCUUCUAGAGUACCCCCCCGCACUGGGUGA